UCCUUUUCGCCGGCGACAAACAAUCGCAAUUGAAGUCGCAGCAAUGAGCGGCGGAAUCCAGUACUCGCACCUCAACGCCCGGGGCUCUGUGCUCUCGAGAGUCCACUACCAGAGCCAGAAGCCGCUGGGAAUUGUCGACCGUCCCAUUGAGCCGCAAACCAUAGCGCAUUUCCUCACCUUUGCGCUCGGAGGCGCGGAUCUCCCUAAUGGCAAGAAGACAUCCCUCGAGCUGCUCAAGGAGAGCGACUUGGAGCUGCUGCACUCGUCUCCAGAGACAGACGACGACCCGCGACCGAUCAUCGCGCGUGUCACAGGGCGCAUCGGCUCAUUCGAGGAUAGCGGGCGGCUCUGCAUGGUGGGGAAGAACAUCCACGCCGUAAAGAGCCGCGCGUGGGCGGGUAUCGUCCCUCUCUCGGAACAGCGAUGGAAAGAGAAAGGGCUGGAUAAGCCGGAGAACUUCGACAUCGCAGCGCAGCAUUUAUCGUCAGUGAUUGCUGCAUUCGAGUACCUCAAUACGCCCAAAGUCAUGGAGAACAUGCGCGACACAUUCAACCUCAUCUCUGCGCACUGGGGCGAGUUCGACAGCAUGGUCCACGCACAGGAUGCGUCCCGGCGCGGGGUUAGCACACGCAAACUCUGGACCGAGUUCAUGGCCGCGCAAUUCGAGAUGAUGACGGAGCGCGCGCACCGCUGGGUUCUCCUCCACGCGAACGCGCUGCGGCUCCCGCUACAGCAGCAGGUUCUAGCCCAUCGACCGGAGAGUCUCCAGCAGUACGACCGUACGCAGUGGUGGAUUACGGAUCGGCUGCAUAUGCUCAUGGAGCUUGUGUCGGUUGCCGAUUUUACGAUUCUCAUGCCGAUGGAAGGGUACGACGGGUAUACGUCUGCACACGUACCAUCCGAAAUACCGGCCGCGCUGCGCUCGACGAAACUGGCGGAGCGCCGCGACGCGUAUGGGAGGCGCUUAAAGGAGCUCUCGCGAAGAGCGCAGGCGGAGGCUGAAAUUGAACGGAUCCAGCAGGCGGCGGGAACCUAUCGCACGGCGGACCCCACGUCGAUUGCGCGGACCAGCGUUAUGCAGAUUGAGUGUCAGAAUCGCGUGCGCCGUGAGGUGCGCGGGGAACCCGUCGAGCCGAUUCCGAGAGAGCCGUGGAUCGUGCAGGAUCUUAGAAGGCUCGAGCGGCCGGAUAACGAGCAGAAGGCGAUUGGGUUUGUUAUCUAUCGUUUGACAUAUGGACAGAGUGAGGCGGAGUGGGCGGCUUUCCGGAAGAAGCUGGAUGAGCAUAUGGCUGACUGGGGGAGGGGGCAGACCGGUUCCAGUGCUCUUAAGCCAUUUCUGAGGCUGCAUUGGCGAGAUGGAAAGGAGCUGGGGAUUGCUGAAGAUGAUAUUACCGCAGCGAGAAAGCACUACGACGAGCACUACGAGGACCCCCUCCCAAUAAACCUAGUCGACACCCCCGGAAAACGCGCCUUCCUCGCAAUCGACUCUGCCAGCUACGCCUCCUACACCGGAAACACCUACACCGCAGCUACCGACCUCGUGCUACCAGGCGACCACACCGGCUUCGUCCUGACCGUCGACGGCAACUACAACGAGGAAAAAGGCGGCGCCCACUACCGACCGGACGAGAGCCCAGGGUACAUGGGGCACAUGCGGAUGCUGGGCAGUCUAAUCUGGGGCGAUUUGUACGCAAUGCUCUCGUCGCAGUCUGCUAUCCUAGAAGAUCUCUGGCCGCUGGCGACUGAGCACACGAAUCAGGUCUAUGUUGGGCCGACGGUUCCGUUGCAGAUUAAGGGGUGGCGGAUUCAGAAUGGGAUCCGGGGGAUGCUUAUGCGGACGGUGAGCGAGUAUGCGAAGGCCAAGGCUGAGGGCCGCCCGUGGCCUUUAUCCUCCGGGUCGACAUCAACAACAGCUCCAGCUCCAGCUUCAGCUUCACCCCCAACACCAGUAUCACAACCAACCCGCCCAGCGCAACCAUCUAAUCCGACCGCCCCACCCCCAGAAACAACGCCAGAUCCAGCAAGAAACGCCUCUGCCCUCGAAAACGACAUGCGCACCUUUAUGCUCUUUGGAUUCACGCGGUGGCUGCGCGACCGAGGGCAGCAGCGGGAGGCGAUCAUGGCGGAGGAAUUGAUGCGUGUUCCGGCAGGGCAGACGCCGGAUCUGGAUAAUGUGCAUCGGAGGAUGGUUCUUGAGGGGGUUUUGGAUGAGGAUGAUUUGCGGGAUGCCGCGCGGCGGAGGGCCAAUGGGGAGGAUGGGGGUAGGAAUAGGGAUGGGAAUGGGAGUUCCAAUGGCAAUGGCAAUGGCAAUGGAGACAGAAACGGAGAUGGGAAUGGGAAUGGGAAUACGCCCUUUGAUGGGUGCCCGACGCAGUAA